UGCCCUCUUUAGUCCAGAUAAGAGUGGAGGAUGUACGUCAUCACACACUGUACACUUAACCCUUCCUCGUCGGUUGUUUAGGUUACGCCUUAACGAUAUCAAAGUCAUAAUCAUUUUACAACUAGGUCUAUAUUAAGAACAACAGUAAUGAGAACAACAGUAAUGAUAUGGUGCCUUUGUGUUUCAAAUGUGUUUCUAAGUGAUGGACCACUUGCCACUUUUUCCAUGGCAUUUUCAAUGAUCGAUCCAUGGUUUUCGUUGCAUGUCAAUGCAAGUGGAAGUUAGAGUUGGUGGACCUUGGCCUUGGAUACAGGUGUUAUGACAGGGUUGUAGACUUCUGUAACAACAACCACUAUUGAACAUCAAACUGAAUUUUACUUUAUUGUCUCACAUUUCCAGGUGAACGAUUAGAAUAUUGAUGCGCCCCACCUGAAUGCAGAAUGGCACCAAGUAUCCAUUACGCAUGGCGUUUCCAUCAUCUUUUUCAAUCAAUCAAAAGAUCUAUCUUGGACAUUGUUAUCAGACAUUGCUCUUUGACCAUAUUGGUUACAUAGACCUUUGUGUAUAAAAGACCUGACAUAAAGAACUGGCAAUAUCAUUCGCACUUGCUGACUUCAUUUUGUACAGACUGUUACAUACAAUCACCUCUCUUUGAAGGUAAUUGACGCUCACUUUCACACACAAAAUUGCUUUUUGCAUUUCCUACUUUUAAUCAUCUAAAGCUAUAUUGUUAGAAAACUAUUAUUCUGCGUCCAGGCAUGGCAAUGAGUGGAUUGUUGGUGUGCGCCCUCAUGGCAGCGCUAGUGGGGGUUGGUUUGACAUCGCCCGUAUCCAAGUCGGAUGACAACACCAAACAGGGUGGGAUACUGCCACAGCUACUGGCCAGGGGGGAGGCAGUGAGGAAUGCUGCGGAGAACGUCGCUAGGCGGGAGCAAGACACUCAAAUGAGCAUGGCACGGAUGGAGAGGAUGGCGCACCUGUCGGAGGACCAGCGCGAGUUCAUGUCCAAGAAAAUCAUGCAGGCCAUCUCAGGUUUGUAUUGUUCGCAGAGAUGAUGAACGAGUGUCCGGACCGAGACUACCAAGGAUGGGUAGACUUUGGACGGCGAAGUGCAGAGUAGAGACGUACCAGAG